AUGCCAGCGCUGGAAGCCCACGCCGGCGGCCACAGGCAUACGUCAUGGGCGGCUUGCGAUUGGAGGUGGAGCGGGGGGCGUGACUGGGACGCGCGCGAACGGCGCGUCGCACGUCCAUCAUUUUCGCUGACUUUCCCUCGUCGGUUUCCCAAAACUGGCGCGAGCCAUGCGCGGCACACGCUCCUCCCUCGGAUCUUCAUCUUCCUCUCUCUCUCUCUCUCUCUCUCUCUCCUUCGUCCUCCUACUCUCUUUCCUCUUAACCAUCUCCACUCACAGACCAUGCAAGCGCGUACAGCCACACUCACCGCCGCACACAGCUCAGCCACACAUCGCAUCUCAGAGCCCACCGCCACGCCAGAAACUGGUUCAGUAUACCCCAUGCCGGCCCCCACGCCGCCACGUUCCGUGCUUGACGACCUCGACAGCGCAGAGGCCGAAUACGACGACACCUUUGACGAUGCCGCAACCGCUGUCUCGCCAGGCACAGUCACUCUCUCUGCCGAUCAGUUUACACACCUCCUGUCCAUGAUCCAGUCCCAGGCUCGAUCAGACAUCACCCCCCUCUCGUCUCCGCGCCCCACGCCCCCGUCCACCCGUCCCAAACUGCACAAAACACGCUCCGAGUUCAACUCUCGCUUCCACCACCACUCCCCGCGUGCAUACCCGCUCCCCAGGCCCACGUCCGCGUCCAGCUCCAGCCCCUCGCUCCCCGAGCUCUUCCCCGCGCUGGACCCCGCGCUCCUCCGCGCCAUCACCCAGCACACACUCAGCCCGCACGACCUCUACAAGCUCUCCCUGCCGCGCAGCCACAGCGCGCGCGCGCCCUCCCCGCUCCCGUCCGCCUCGGCCCUGCCCCUCACCCCGCUCGAGUGCAUCACGCGCUUCUACCCCUCGCCCUCCGCGCUUGUCAACCCGCUCUCGCUCUACUUCCGCAUCCUCCUCGCCGCGGCCGCCGCGACGGGCGACCUCGCCCGCGUGCACCGCCUGGGCGCCGCGAGCUCCGCGUACGUCGCGCGCCUCGUCGGCCUGUGCGAGGAGCACCACUGGACCGUCGUGCUCCCGUACCACGUCGCGUUCCACGAGCGCCGCCUCGCGGAGAUGCGGCGCGGCGACUAUGCGGGCUGGGCGGAGCUCGACCUCGCGCUGCUCGUGCGCUGUCUCGGCAUCGACGAGGACGCGCCGGGGAGCGCGCGGAGGGCGGGGGCGGCGCCGGUAGGCGAGAGCCGGGGGGCGCGCUCUUCCCGCUCGGCCCUUGCGUGA